CCAAAACAAAGUUAAAAACCACCACAAAAAAUAAGAAUUUUUCGAAUAAACGCUGCUUUGUCGAAGAAAAUCUUGUGACGCUGCAAAGAAAAGUGCAGAAAAAAUGUUUUAAUCAUCGAGAACCUUUGGAAAAGUGCUUCGUUUGCCCGAAAUUCCGUAAGUCAAACUGAGAAUAACAGGUGAAAUAUGACGACGACAACUACUGCAGCAGCCACACCACCAACGUCCAUAAUGGACAGCAACACUAUUCGUUUCAGCGAUCACACAUUAGAUAAGGCCACCAAAGCAAAAGUGACGCUCGAAAACUACUACAGCAAUCUCAUCAGUCAGCAUGGCGAGCGAAAAAUGCGUCUUGCCAAAUUGGAGGCUUCAUUACAAGAGGAAGGCUUGUCCGACCAGCAACGACAAGAAAAACGACUUCAGCAUGCGCAAAAAGAGACGGAAUUCCUCCGUUUGAAGCGAAGUCGUUUGGGCGUCGAAGACUUCGAAGCUCUCAAAGUGAUUGGUCGCGGUGCCUUUGGCGAAGUUCGUCUCGUGCAGAAAAAAGACACGGGUCACGUGUACGCCAUGAAAGUGUUGCGCAAAGCUGACAUGCUGGAAAAAGAGCAAGUGGCUCAUGUGCGUGCCGAACGUGAUGUUCUCGUGGAAGCGGACCACCAGUGGGUCGUAAAAAUGUAUUACAGCUUCCAGGACUCGAUAAAUCUGUAUUUGAUAAUGGAAUUUUUGCCGGGCGGUGAUAUGAUGACGUUGCUCAUGAAAAAAGAUACGCUCUCCGAGGAAUGUACGCAAUUUUAUAUCGCGGAAACGGCACUCGCCAUAGACUCGAUUCACAAACUCGGAUUCAUUCAUCGUGAUAUUAAGCCGGAUAAUUUGCUGUUGGAUGCCAGAGGGCAUUUGAAGUUGUCCGACUUUGGAUUGUGUACGGGCCUGAAAAAAUCACAUCGAACGGAUUUUUAUCGGGAUUUGUCGCAAGCGAAGCCGUCUGAUUUUAUUGGGACAUGUUCGAGUCCGAUGGAUUCGAAACGACGUGCGGAAAGUUGGAAGCGGAAUCGUCGUGCGUUGGCGUACAGCACCGUUGGGACGCCAGAUUACAUUGCGCCGGAAGUUUUUUUGCAGACCGGGUAUGGACCGGCUUGUGAUUGGUGGUCUCUUGGUGUUAUUAUGUAUGAAAUGCUCAUGGGAUAUCCACCUUUCUGCAGCGAUAAUCCUCAAGAUACCUAUCGAAAAGUCAUGAAUUGGCGAGAAACGUUAAUUUUCCCACCGGAAACUCCUAUAUCUGAGGAAGCCAGAGAAACGAUCGUUAAAUUUUGUUGCGAUGCUGAUAGAAGACUUGGUUCCCAAAAAGGUCUCGAAGACUUGAAAUCAAUUCCAUUUUUCCGAAACUCUGUCGAUUGGGAGCACAUUCGAGAACGUCCAGCUGCGAUACCCGUCGAAGUGAAAUCCAUCGAUGACACCUCCAACUUUGACGAAUUCCCGGAUGUUGCAUUGGAAAUUCCAACGGCUCCCAGCGUCCAAGAUGGCGAAAUCCUGAAAGAUUGGGUCUUUAUCAAUUACACAUUCAAGCGUUUCGAAAAUUUAACGCAACGUGUCUCGUCUUUGAACAAAAAAUAAAAGCUUGGCAUUUUUUUCGUGCAGUUAACCUUGUAGGUGCAUAGUACAAGAGUCCGUAACUAAAAGUAUUUUGUGAACAGUUGAAUUUUUUUAUUUACUUAUUGUUUGUUUUAAGGCUCAUUUGGCAAUAUUUCUUGUUUAAAAUUAACCAGAACUAGCAUUUUUAAUUAAUAUUUUUAAAAAUUUAAUUUUAGUUGAGCAGAUCUGAGUAGCAUGUUAACUUUAGUAACUAAAAAAAAUAUACAGACAGAAGCUAAAAUAGUCUUAAGACUGCUUUAA